AUGAGCGAAACAAAAGGAAGCAGCAGCACGCCAUUAACGACCUCCUGCAAGCUCCCAGAUUUCAAACAAUCAGUAAAGCUCAAGUACGUAAAACUUGGUUACCAUUACCUCAUAACCCAUGGAAUGUUCCUUUUCCUCUCCCCACUGCUCGUAAUAAUCGCUGCACAGCUUUCCACCUUCUCCCUAAACGACCUCAACCUCCUGUGGGACCAUCUCCGCUUCAACCUCAUCUCCAUAAUCCUCUGCUCAGCCCUUUUAGUCUUCCUCUCCACUCUCUACUUCCUCACUCGCCCAAAUCCCAUUUAUCUCGUCAAUUUCUCCUGCUACAAACCCAAUCCCGACCGAAAAUGCACUCGUCAAAUCUUCAUGGAAAGAUCCAAGCUCACGGGCUCGUUCACCGAGUCAAACCUCGAUUUUCAACGCAAGAUUCUCGAGCGUUCGGGCCUCGGCGAAUCCACUUACCUUCCGGAAGCCGUACUUCGAGUCCCUCCAAAUCCGUGCAUGGCCGAGGCCAGAAAGGAAGCCGAAGCCGUCAUGUUCGGCGCCAUAGACGAGCUUCUCGAGAAAACUUCACUAAAACCGAAAGACAUUGGAAUCUUGAUCGUUAAUUGUAGUCUUUUUAACCCUACGCCUUCUUUAUCGGCUAUGGUUAUUAAUCAUUACAAGCUUAGGGGGAAUAUUUUAAGCUAUAAUCUCGGGGGAAUGGGCUGUAGCGCGGGCUUGAUCUCGAUCGACCUCGCUAAAGAUCUUUUGCAGGUUCACCCGAAUACUUACGCGUUAGUCGUCAGUAUGGAGAAUAUCACGCUCAAUUGGUAUUUCGGUAAUGAAAGGUCGAUGCUUGUUUCGAACUGUCUUUUUCGUAUGGGUGGAGCCGCCAUAUUGCUUUCGAACAAAAGGUCUGAGUAUUGGCGGGCAAAGUACCGAUUAGUCCACACUGUUCGAACGCAUAAAGGCUCAGACGAGAAGUGUUUUUCUUGCGUGACUCAAAUGGAGGAUUCGAAUGGGAAAAUCGGGGUUUCGCUAUCGAAGGAUUUGAUGGCGGUGGCUGGGGAUGCUUUAAAGACUAAUAUUACAACACUUGGCCCGCUUGUCUUGCCUAUGUCCGAGCAGCUUCUGUUCUUGGCGACUUUGGUUAGGAGAAAGAUGUUUAAAAAGAAGGUGAAGCCUUACAUACCUGAUUUUAAACUUGCGUUUGAGCAUUUUUGUAUACAUGCGGGUGGGAGGGCUGUGCUGGAUGAGCUGGAGAAGAAUCUGCAGCUUUCGGAAUGGCAUAUGGAGCCGUCGAGGAUGACUCUGUAUAGGUUUGGUAAUACGUCGAGCAGUUCGCUUUGGUAUGAGCUGGCGUAUAUGGAAGCGAAAGGGAGGGUGAAGAGAGGGGACAGGACAUGGCAGAUUGCGUUUGGUUCGGGAUUUAAGUGCAACAGUGCUGUUUGGAAAGCCCUGCGAACGAUAAAGCCGGGUGAAGAGAAGAGCCCGUGGAUUGAUGAGAUUGAGCAGUUUCCUGUUGAGGUGCCUAAGGUAGCAGCUAUUUAG